AUGUUCCACACUGACUUGAAUACCGGACGGACUAUCAUCGGGCUAUCUCCACGCUUCUACCUCGUACCCCGCACGGGGCCUGGUCUGAAAAAUGGCGCCGGUCGGACUAACCUGCCAGAGAUCUAUCGAAUCCCCCCCGAAGCAGGAAAGGACAAGUUUGCCACCUUCAUGUGGAUGUAUCGUCAUAUGGUUUGCGCUUGGCAGCAGUCAAAAAGUGAAAUUUACUCCCUUUUGUUUUUCAACCUCACCCGUUGCUGCCAUCUGAAAUACUUUACCAUGUCUCAGAAUCGCCUUGAAGGAAAGGUCGCACUUGUGACCGGUGCCUCCUCUGGCAUGGGGCGAGCGACAGCGCUCUCCCUGGCAAGAGAGGGGGCAAUAUUGGUCUGCUGUGAUCUCAAAGCCGAAGCCAAUCCCAAUGGAUACGAAAAGGAUCUUGCAGAGACCACCGUGGAUGUAAUCACAAAGAAUGGGGGCAACGCGAUAUUUCAGAAGGUUGACAUCUCCAAUUUCGAACAAGUGGAAGCAGCAUUUGAAAAAACAGCACAGAUGUUUGGACGCCUCGAUAUCCUUGUGAACUGCGCUGGCUUCUGGGCACCGUUCAGGAAGUUCGCCGACGAAGACGAUGAUCUUUGGGCGAAGAUGCUGCAGAUUAACACAGCUGGUACCUCUAAAAUGUCACGACUUGCCAUCCGUCAGUUUCUAACGCAAGAUGUGGACGAGUCCUGGGGAAGCCGUGGCCGAAUUGUAAAUGUUUCCUCUUGUGCAGCGAACAUUGCAUAUGCAGGGGAAGUGGCCUAUUCCGCUACAAAAGCCUCUAUCAACCACAUGACACGAUCGGGUGCAAUUGAUCAUGCUAGGGAUUCAAUCAACAUCAACUGCAUUGCUCCCGGUGUCGUUGCCACUGGGAUGGCGCGAGUCAACCUGGAAAACAAGGAUGUUUUGCAGACCAUGAAAGGUGCUACGCCGUGGUCAAGACUGGGGGUUCCUGAUGACAUUGCUCAAGCUAUUCUGUUUUUCUGUCUGCCGGAGUCACAAUGGAUUACAGGACAGGUUCUUGCGGUUGACGGCGGAAUGACUCUCGGUGUCCCUGCCGAAUAA